AUGUCUGAGGUGGAAGCGCUCCUGGCACAGCUCCGUGCGGCAGCAGAGAGCAGGGGAUCUGGAUGGCUGCAGGCUACCAUUCAAGGUCUGCUCCCGGGGUCUGGGGAGGCUACUGCUUCGGCUCUCCCCUCCAGCCGGCCGCGGAGGACAAGGCCUCCGGCGCGCCUAAGUCCAGAAGUGACCCCGAGGGUCUGGCGCCGGUUAAGGAGCCCCUCUGUGGCCCCUCCAGCACGCGCUGCGGUGAGUACCCGUUCUUCCAGGCAGUCGCGUGCUGGGAGGAAUCCUGUGGUACGGCGGGACCCUAGGAGGGGGGUGCGGGACCUCCCCCUCUCCUCUGAUGCAGGCAGCGUGGGAUCCGGAGCUGGUUCGGCAGGGGGAUCGGGCCCUGGUCUCUCUGCCCGGCGUGUGACAGGAAGGCAGGCUGCAUCUGCUGGUCGGCGGGGUCCUGUGUGUGGCCCUGAGCUUGUUUACUCACCGGAGCAGCGCAGCGCUGGCUUCAGGUCGACUCUGGAGGAUGAAGGAAGGGCGACAUCUGGUGGCAGAGCUGCAGAUCUGCAGGCUCUUGGAGCUCCAAGCGGGACGAGGGUGACAUCUGGUGGCGAGGCUGAGGUACUGCAGGCCUUGGGAUCUACAAGUGCUGUGAGGGAGACAUCUAGUGGCGCAGCUGCAGGUUUGCAGGCUGCAGGGUCUACAGAUUCCAGAGAUGUUACAGAACAGAUGCAGGCGUCUGGACGGGAGUUCGUCGCCAGUCAAGUUUCGAUACCUCACGUUCCGGCUGGUGGAGUCACAGCGUCCGCGCAGCCAGGUGUUCCACCGUGCUUGGUUUGGAUUAUGGGGCACUCCUACGUGUUCUGGGGAGCGUUGCGAGCGGCAGUCAGGCCGGACGGGCGGCAGUUGUCGAUUUCGAGAGAGGUGGCGGUAAUUCGUUGGAUUGGGAUGCGUGGGAUGCUGUGGAGUCGGGUUCUUCCUGAGUUUUACAGAUUUGCACGGUUGGAUAGGCCUCCUAAUGUUUUGGUGUUGCAUGUCGGGGGGAAUGAUUUGGGGGCGCGCCCCUUCAGGGAGUUAGCGAGGGACAUUAAGUUUGACUUGCUACGUUUGUGGGCGCAAUAUCCGCGACUGGUGACGGUUUGGUCGGAUAUGGUGCCGCGCCAGCAUUGGAGGGAGGCGAGGUCUGUGGAGCGGCUGAAUAAGGCGCGAAUCAAGGUUAACAGGGCAGUUGGUAGGUUUGUGGCACGUAACGGUGGCAUUGUUGUUCGGCAUAGGGAGCUGGAGCCCGGUGUGGGGGCGUUUUGGAGGAGCGAUGGGGUGCACUUGAAUGGGGUGGGGAUUGAUCUCUGGUGUUCCGAUUUGCAGGACGGCAUUGAAUUAGCGCUGCGGGUGUGGCGGGACACAAGUAGGUGA